AACUUCCGAAAACAUCCGAAUAUAAAAAAACACCGACAUUUUGUAUGGUAAACUGUCAACAGUAGCUAAUUGACAGAAGGCAUGGUCCUAUCCCAUAUCACGACAUGUCAUGUCUGCCGGCCGCGGUGAUAAUGUAAAACAAAAGUAAUGGAAAGCCUUGAACAUUAGGAGUCUCCAAAACUUGACACUGUUCGUCCGGACAAGAAAAAAAACCAUGGGAGCAAGUUUUCCAAAAGUGGAACAAUUACCUCAAACCAUGAAGGCAAUUCAGGAUGGUGAUGUUUCCCUCUUACAAGCCUUAUCACGCUCUACCAACCUUACUGGGUAUCUCAAACUUAAUCAUUCCCAAACCACAGCUCUUCACCUCGCUGCUGUUCAUGGUCAACCUGAAUGCAUUCAAUUUCUGCUCGAGCUUGGAGCAAAUAUUCAUGACUUAGAUUCGAGCCGAGAGUCAGUAUUGCAUAGUGCCGUUGUUUCUAAGUCACAGGGAUGGAGCAAUUGUUUGUCUCUGAUUCUCAAAGCGAAAGCUGACAUAAACGCAUUAAAUGUUUGGAGAAGAACUCCACUAAUGAAAGCAAUUGUUAAUUUUAAAAUUGCUGCUGCAAAUUACCUGAUACAGGAAGGUGCGGAUGUGUCUAUCUCGGACGAGAAUGGAACGACUCCCUUACACGUUGCUGCUAGUUAUGGUAACAUUGGGCUUGUGAAGACCUUGCUGGACAAUCGUGCAAACAACAAUGCUCAAGACCAGCGAGGAAGGACACCCGUGUAUUUCGCUAUUCUCGGAGGUCACGAAGAGGUUACAGAACACCUAAUACAGCAUGGAUGUGAGGUCAACCUGUAUGACCUUGGUUGGGGUUCACCUUUACAGCUCUCUGUGACAAAAUGCAAUAUCAGAAUCUUGUCGCUGCUACUUAAAUCGGGUGCAUGCUUCAAUGUGCAGCCCAAAAACAUGGCUGCUGCCCCGGGUAUCAUUGACAUAGCUCUGAAGAUUGCGCUCAAAAGGGUGAACAUUUAUCGCAAUGAAGUGACAAAGCAAGAUAACGACGUUAGCUGUGUGAGUAAAAAGCGUGCAUGUGAUAGUCUAGAAUGUCUACAGCUGUUGAUCGUGGCAAGUGGCCUCCCUGUGUAUGAAAAGAUGAUGAAGAGUAUACACCAACUCGUGACUCAAUCCUUUCAUAAAGAUUUACAAAAACCGUUCAUGGACCUUCAUCGCAGCGCAACAAAAGCUCACAAAUCCUUAAAGAAGUCUCCCCCGUCGUUGCAAUAUCUGGCUCGAAAACGAUGUCGAAAAUUAUUGAUGACGUCAAAUCGCAAUCUGAUAUGGGCUUGUGAGCGGCUGGAUGUGCCGCAUGUAAUAAUUGAUCUUCUAACUCUCCAGUCGUGACAAUGUGAUCAAGAUUUUCCUGCUAUCAGGAGACAUGUUAUCUUGAGCAGGGCUCAAAGGGCGCCUAUUUUAGUGGCCAUGGCGCCUUAAAUUCACCAUUGGCGACCAGUUAUUGACCUAUAAGGCGCCUGUAUUGGCUACUGGAAAAUUGUGUAAAUUUGCGGUUUGGUUAAUCUUUCAAAGCCUAGGUUGCAGUCAAUGCUAAAAUGACAUUUACAAUGGAAAAAGUUACAGAGAUGUUGUUAAGAAUUUUUUUUUUCAAAUUUUAGACAACUAGGCCAGGCAACAAACUUUUUCCAAUUGGCGCCUAGAUUUUAUGACUUGGUAGCCAAAUAGGCCAUCUGGUAAAAAUAUCCACUUUGAGCCCUGAAAUUGAGAACUGAUGUGGUAACAUCACUUUUGAACAUUACUUUGAAGCAUCUCAAACCGGCAGUGUUGUGAUCGAGUGAAUAAUCUUUGUUUUAAACAAAUCUUUUUCCUGCCAAAGUCAUGAAAUGAUAUCUGAUAUGCUUUUAAGAUUUGAAAUGUAUAUAUCUAAAUGAGAUAAAAUCAGUUUUUGGGAACUUAAAA